CUCUGCCUGGUCGCCUGGCACUCCCUCAUCCACUCAGUCCCCGUUUGGGAUAUUUGGCAGAAAGAAGACAGCUGAGGGGGGGAAAGAGCAGCGCCGUUCAAUGGCUAACUGGGAGAGGAAGGCGAGGAGGAGAGAAAGAGGGGCGCCUUUUGGGGGCGUUGCUACUCACCGUGGGGCUGCGCCAGGCCCGAGAGCAGCACGGCCACAAGCGCCCCCGCCAGAAAAUUUGAAAGAUGAUGACUGCAUUAUGGAGAAGAAAUCAUAUGAUGUGAAAACUGAUCCUGUGCAAAAGUUGAUCUCUCCAGCUUUGAUUCUCCUUCUGGUUGUACUGUUUGCGAACUUGCUCCUCUACCAAUACUUCAGCAAUGUGUUUUUUUCCUAUGGCCAGAUCAAUGUUGAGCACAAUUCGUGUCCACAUGGUUAUUUCAGAUUGGGAUCAAUGAAGAACUGUACACCAUUGUUGUCCUGUAAGGCCAUAACAACAGAAGUUCGCAGACUGAAACGUGUUGGUGAAGGGGCUGUGAAAAAGGUCUUUCUUUCUGAAUGGAAGGCAAACAAAGUGGCCCUUUCUCAACUGACUGUGCCAGAACUGCAAGAAGACUUUAUUCACGGGCUUCACAUGCUGAAAUCUCUACAAAGCAAGCAUGUGGUCAAACUACUUGGAUACUGUGAGGAGGAGUUUGUGAUUCUUACUGAAUAUCAUCCAUUUGGUUCCCUGAAGAAUCUGAAUGAGAUACUGAACCUUCCAAAAUAUAAGAACUCAAACACCUGGUAUAACAGGUUCCUACUGGCCAUAGACUAUGUGAGCAUCAUCCACUACCUCCACAAUAGUCCUCUGGGCACUUUUGUGAUGUGUGACUCUAGUGACUUGGAUAAAGUCCUUUCGCAGUACUUGUUGACAAGCAACUUUCAUAUUGUUGUGAAUGACUUGGAUGCCCUGCCUCUUGUGAACAGGGAAGCUGGGCAACUGAUUAAAUGUGGCCACCGGGAGUUACAAGGUGAGUUUGUUGCUCCUGAGCAGCUUUGGCCUUAUGGUGAGGACGUGCCCUUUGAAGACAGCCUCAUGCCUCCAUAUGAUGAAAUGACAGACAUAUGGAAAAUCCCAGAUGUUUCCAACUUUCUCUUAGGAGAUGUUGAUGGGAGCGAUCUUGUCCGGUUUCACCUCUUCGACAUUCAUUCGGGAUGUAAGAAAAGCCCAGCUGAAAGACCAUCCGCACAUAUGGUUCUUGACACAUACAAAAAAGUGCUAGCAUUACUUGUUAAAGAAACAGUUUUACCAAGUGUAAGGGACAUGUUAUAAGAAAUACUCAUGGGUGUUGCAACCCAGAGCAGGAAACUGGACCCUCAGACAACAAUCCACCACACUUGGCUUCAGGAAAACAAUCCUUUUUUAUUGGUGAAAGAUGAAUACAAAAUAGAGGAAAAAUGCAAAGGUAAAAAACCACAGUAAAAAGCAGCAACAAGAAAUGUCCAUGAACAAGAUCAUAAAACCCACAGCAAAACUGCUGAAUCCUGGAACCUGUUAGCAAGCCACUAACCGUACUUGGAACAACUAGAAAACCCCCGAGGAACAAGGCCACUUGAAUCAGGAGACCUGCAAACGCUGUCACAUGAAACUGGAACGAUGCCUGGUCUGAAGCUGUAUUCAGGCCAGGCAUAUUUAAGGCCAAGAAAUCUAUUGCGAGACACGCCUGAAGUUUUUGUUUGGAUUUCUUUCAAUCUGGCUGACCUAUGUAAACAUUGUGCUUCUCCCCGACUCUGCCAAAUCUGCCCCCACCUAUCCUCAUUAGGCAGGCCAGGUGUCUGAUUCUCUGGAGAACUAAGACUGGUAAGAGAAGGGAGUGAAACGUCUCCGCUUGGCUCGGAAUGCAUGUUCUCAUGAGAAUCUUGACUUUCACUUUCCAAGGCUGAAAGAUUUUCACUACUCAAACCAUCAUCAUCUAAAUUGGCCUCAGAAUUCACAUUGACAUCUACAUGAACAUCAGGAAAUACAAUCAGAGAAUCAGGUUCAGGUUCACACACAGGCUGAACCCUAACAACGGGCUUAUUUUGAGUAUUUCACACUUUUUAUCAUUUGACUUUUCCUGAUUUGAAAAAUGUACGAGUCUGCUCGGGGAAUAGAAACAGAAAUGAUGAAACUCCAAAACAACUUUUAAAAAUUAUGUAAUCAAGACCCUUCUACAUUGCCAUAUAAAAUUCACAUUAUUUGCUUUGAACUGAAUUAUAUGGCUGUGUACACUCAUGUAAUCCAGUUCAAAGCAGUUAAUGUGGAUUAUCUGCUUUGAUAAUCUGAAUUAUAUGGUAGUGUAGAAGGGGCCUAUGUUAAGUUGGCACAAGUAUGCUAAAAGAAGAGAUGUAGCAAAAGUAUUUCAUACAGUUAAUACCAGUGUUUCUUGUUCUUAUGAUAGAAAGCAGUUGCUUGUUGUGUUUUUCUGUUUUGUAGCAUUUAAAAAUGAUGUACACUACUAAUGUAAGCCUUAGUGCAUGAUCUCCGCAGAGACCUCGACAGGGGGAGCGUGUCCCUGUUGGUUCUCCUGGACCUCUCAGCAGCCUUUGAUACCGUAUCCUUCUGGGGCGCCUUUCGGGGAUGGAUCUUGGAGGCACUGUUCUGCAGUGGCUCCAGUCCUUCCUGGAGGGUCGUACCCAGAAGGUGUUGCUGGGAGAUUCCUGUUCGGCCCCACAGCCAUUGUCCUGUAGAGUCCCGCAGGGCUCAGUAUUGUCCCCCAUGUUGUUUAACAUCUACAUGAAGCUGCUGGGUGAGAUCAUCCAGAGUUUUGGAGUUUGAUGCCAUCUGUACGCAGAUGAUGUCCAACUCUAUUACUCAUUUCCACCAGAUGCCAAGGAGGCUGUCCAAGUCCUGAACCGGUGCCUGGCCGCUGAGACGGUCUAGAUGAGGGCGAGCAAAUUGAAGUUGAAUCCAGACAAGACAGAGGUCCUCCUGGUCAGUCGUAAGGCCAAACAGGGUAUAGGGUCACAACCUGUGCUGGAUGGGGGUUACACUCCUCUUGAAGGCCCAGGUUCGCAGCUUGGGGGUCAUCCUGGACUCAUCACUGAGCCUUGAACACCAGGUUGCAGAGGUGGCCAGGGGAGCUUUCGCACAAUUAAAACUUGUGCGCCAGGUGUGCCCGUACCUUGGGGAGUCAGACUUUGCCACGGUGGUCCACGCUCAUGUCUGCUCUCGUUACAUCUAGGAUAGACUACUGCAAUGCACUCUACAUGGGGUUGCCUUUGAAGACUGCACAGAAGCUUCAAAUAGUCCAGCGAGAGGCAGCCAGGUUAAUAACUGGGGUGGCAUACAGGGAGCAUACAACUCCCAUGUUACGCCAGCUCCACUGGCUGCCAGUUUGCUACCGGGCACAAUUCAAAGUGCUGGAUUUGGCCUAUAAAGCCCUAAACAGCCCCGGCCUAACUGACCUCUCCGAAUGCAUCUCUCCCUAUGAACCAUUGCGAAGAUUAAGAUCCUCUGGGGAGGCCCUGCUUUCCGUCCCACCAUUGUCACAGGCAUGAUUUGGGGGGACGGGGACGAGAGACAGGGCCUUCUUGGUGAUUGCUCCCUGGCUAUGGAACUCCCUUCCUGGUGAGAUCAGGUUGGCCCCCUCUCUCCUGUCCUUUAGAAGAAUGGCAAAAACUUGGCUGUGUGACCAAGCUUUCGGGACAGGGCAAUAAAGCAGCAAUAGGAAAGAUUACCAGGCCAAUUAGAUUUGACGUGGAUGAUUAAGACUGUUUUAAAUGGUGCAUUUUAAUAUUUUGAUAAAUGUUUUUAAUGUUUAUGUAUGUAUGUAUGUAUGUAUGUAUGUAUGUAUGUAAGAAUUUGUGUCCCGGCACUGAAUGUUUGCUGUAUAUAUGCUGUGCUCCUCCCUGAGUCACCUUCUGGUGAGAAUGGCGGAAUAUAAAUGUUUUAAAUAAAUAAAUAAAUAAUA